AUGGCGCCAAUGAAAACCCAAAAUUUGAAUUACAGUAGUAAUUACGGCGAGGCCGUUGCCCAGAAGGUCAAUGUCCUUGCCUCUUGCUACAUCGUCGACUCUGUCGCCAACCUCAAGGGCCUCCACUACUGCACUACCGGGGUUGCAGGUACGUUUUCUCCUUUCGUCAAAGGGCCGAGUGGUAUUCCUGAGGUCCCUUCCUCAGGCCUACCCUCCCCUCCGACAAGUCCCCCCCUCGCCGCACUAACCUCGUCUAACGAGCUCGCCCUUCUGCCCAAGAGCAAGAAGCGCGAGAUCCCAGGCCGGCGCCUGGCCCGACGAGGGGGGGCAGCACUCUCGAUCAGGGAAGAAUGUGAGAGAUUCUUCUGCGAGUCCAUGAAGACGACUUUCCACGGUGAGAGGAAUUCGUCGAUGAAUGGCUCCGGCCUGUCUGGUGCUUAUUUGCAAACGCCGCCGCCCGAUGACCGGCUUCCCGAACACUUCAAGCAGCUCUCCGACGAAAAGCUGUCCGGCUACGACAUUACUGCCUGGCUGGAGAUGUGGGACUAUGCCGGUGGUGCGAGCUUCCGUGCCUUUGUCGCUGACGAUGGAGAGGAAAAGACCCUCUUUGUUUUCUUCGACAUCCAAGGCGUUCUUGGCCGAGACCUGAAAAAGGCUCUCAUGGCCCUUAUCGAACUGGCUGACGGUCCUCUGGACUGUUCCCACAUUGUCACUUGCAUUGAUAGGCGCAUUCCUGUGGAUGAGGCGCGGUCUCUGUCCAAGAGUCUUCAGUGGGUUGGCUUCGACAUGAUUACCCUUGAUCACUGGGCUCAUGACCUCGAUGUCACGAGCAAGAGGUGGAUGUUGAUGGGUAUGGAGCUGUAGGUGUCAUUUUUACUUCAACGGAGUUGGUGGAGUGGAAGGAUGCCUUUUCCUACGUCUCUCUUAUGUCGUUCUAGUUCGUUGGUGUUUACCAAAAUUUGAUCUGGAGGCUCUCUCGGCGGUUUGCUCUGCUAUUCUCGGAGACGUCUGGUAGCAUUCGGGCGUUGAGUUGCAGAAAACCACAAUUCCCCAGGGCUUUUGGCGCAUCUCUCUUUGUUGAUGCUAUGGAUUCCAAGGUGUUGAAGCGUAUGGAUGUACCUGUACCUGUACCUGUACCCAGCCUUUGUCUCUUGCUUUAUUGGCUUUUAGUAUGGAAAUUCUAUGUAGCACAUUCCUGUGACUAGGAACGAUAUGAAAUCAAUCUAUCGCACUCUGUGGC